AUGAAGUGUAAAUGUGCGUCCACCACGUGCCUGCGUCCACCGCGUGCCUGCGUCCACCACGUGCCUGCAUCCAUCACGUGCCUGCGUCCACCACGUGCCUGCGUCCACCACGUGCCUGCGUCCAUCACGUGCCUGCAUCCAUCACGUGCUUGCGUCCACCACGUGCCUGCGUCCACCACGUGCCUGCAUCCAUCACGUGCCUGCGUCCACCACGUGCCUGCGUCCACCAUGUGCCUGCGUCCACCACGUGCCUGCGUCCAUCACGUGCCUGCGUCCACCACGUGCCUGCGUCCACCACGUGCCUGCGUCCACCACGUGCCUGCAUCCAUCACGUACCUGCGUCCACCACGUGCCUGCGUCCACCAUGUGCCUGCGUCCACCAUGUGCCUGCGUCCACCAUGUGCCGGCGUCCACCAUGUGCCGGCGUCCACUACGUGCCUGCGUCCACCACGUGCCUGCGUCCACCAUGUGCCUGCGUCCACCAUGUGCCUGCGUCCACCAUGUGCCGGCGUCCACUACGUGCCUGCGUCCACCAUGUGCCUGCGUCCACCAUGUGCCUGCGUCCACCAUGUGCCUGCGUCCACCAUGUGCCUGCGUCCACCAUGUGCCUGCGUCCACCAUGUGCCUGCGUCCACCAUGUGCCUGCGUCCACUACGUGCCUGCGUCCACCAUGUGACUGCGUCCACCAUGUGCCUGCGUCCACUACGUGCCUGCGUCCACCAUGUGACUGCGUCCACCAUGUGCCUGCGUCACCCAUGUGCCUGCGUCCACUACGUGCCUGCGUCCACCAUGUGCCUGCGUCCACCAUGUGCCUGCGUCCACUACGUGCCUGCGUCCACUACGUGCCUGCGUCCACCAUGUGCCUGCGUCCACCAUGUGCCUGCGUCCACCACGUGCCUGCGUGUACCACGUGCCUGCGUCCAACACGUGCCUGCGUCCACCACGUGCCUGCGUCCACUACGUGCCUGCGUCCACCACGUGCUUGCGUCCACCACGUGCCUGCGUCCACCAUGUGCCUGCGUCCACCAUGUGCCUGCGUCCACCAUGUGCCUGCGUCCACCACGUGCCUGCGUCCACUACGUGCCUGCGUCCACCACGUGCUUGCGUCCACCACGUGCCUGCGUCCACCACGUGCCUGCGUCCACCACAUGCCUGCGUCCACUACGUGCCUGCGUCCACCACGUGCUUGCGUCCACCACGUGCCUGCGUCCACCAUGUGCCUGCGUCCACCAUGUGCCUGCGUCCACCAUGUGCCUGCGUCCACCACGUGCCUGCGUCCACUACGUGCCUGCGUCCACCACGUGCUUGCGUCCACCACGUGCCUGCGUCCACUACGUGCCUGCGUCCACCACGUGCUUGCGUCCACCACGUGCUUGCGUCCACCACGUGCCUGCGUCCACCACGGUGUAUCAUGGUUGA